AUGGCCGACCACGAUGAUCGAUCAGGGCAGCUCAGAGCGAUUGCGAUUACUUUCAUUCCGUUGGUCUGCAUAACCAUGGUACUGCGUUGCUACAUGCGCGCCAAAGUCAUCAGAGCAGUCGGCUGGGAUGACGGGGUCAUGGUCAUAGCGCUGCUCUGCUACAUCAUGCAUGUAUCGUGUGUCAUUGGAGGCAGCUUUUACGGCCUCGGCCGCAAACUCGGACUGGAUACAGAUUUCCAGCGGAUAGCAGUCGCGGUGAAGGUUUGGAGAUACCGCUUGCCUGGAGAGCUGAAUCCCAAGAUCUUCUCCAUUCUGUCUUUCGUCAAGCCAUUCCAUACUCGACUUCUGUGGAUCUUGCUCAUAUAUACUGCGAUUCACGGCGCCUAUGUUAUUCUCGCCGAUAUAGUCCGGUGCUGGCCCAUCUCGUAUAAUUGGAAUCAAAUGACCCUGGACCCGCGGUUCAAGGGGACCUGCAUAACUUCAAAGCAAAGCAAGAUCAUCGCGUAUGUGGCAACAGGUAGCUUACUGAUCAUCGAUAUCUGUCUUGCUAGUGCUACUGUUGCCAUCGUCGUCCGCAUCCCAUAUAUGGACGGAUACGCUGCUUCUGAUGCCCUCUGUGCGUUAUCCCCCUGGCCUUCCCGUCCUAUCAACCCCCUAACACCGGAUACCUCAGAUGCCGCCGUCGACAUGCUCAUCUGGGCUUACAUUGAGCUCAGCCUCGGAAUCAUAGCCGGCAACCUUGCCACGCUCGGCCCUCUCUUUCGCAUCUGGUUCGGCAUCGUAACGAGCCGCGGCAAUUCCGCCUCGACCAGUACUCCCAAGCCGACGCGCUAUUUCCGGCGUCCGCGUGGCGUCCACGACAUGUCCUUCCCUUUAUCCACAUUUGACGAGACGGGCCGGAACACACUUCGUCCAGAUAAGCUUCCGAUCAUGGUCACACAAGUUCAGACCCAGCAUUCGCACUCGGCGACGGCGCACGAUGCAAAUAACAGCCAGGAGCAGCUGACGCUUGAUCAUGGCCGUGCUCGCGGCACGUCAGCUGCGUCGAGUAAAGAGCUAGCGCUUGGAGCUGGGCCAGAACCAGAAUCGCGGAUGGAGAUCUAUCGCGGGACGGAGGUGAUGCAGACGUUCGAUGUUGACUCUACGGUAAAUGUUGCUGAGGAGCGGGUUUAG